AUGAUGGACGCGCUCGGCUCCGUCCUCCCGCUGCUGCUGCUGCUGCUGCUGCCGCAGGUGCUCGCCGCCGCCCCGCGCAUCCAGCCGCCCUCCGCGGGAGCCGCCGCCGAGGCGCGGAUCGGCUGCCUGUUUGAGGAUGACCUUUGCAAAUCUUUUGAAGUCUGUGUAAAUGAUGGAAUAUUUGGGAGAUGUCAGCGAGUACCAGUAAUAGACAUCUAUAAAUAUGACAUUUCAGCCCCUGUUCUGCAGCACCUGAGGAUCAUCCUGGAGCAGCUCUCACACAGAGGUUUUACCUGGAGAGAUGAUUACACACAGCGUGUUAUUGGUCAGGAACUUUCAACCAUUCACAAAAUCCACAGCAGACACCCUGAUGCAUUUGCAUCUGAGGGAUCUGACACAGGAAGGACUUUGGGACAGGAUGAAGAUAAUGAAAGAAAUUAUGAUGUGGAAAAUGAUGUGAACUUGGCCAGGUCUCUUCAGCAAUACCUCAAGUAUCUCAGAAUUCUCUCCCAGUCUGCAUCUAAAAAUUUGUAUCCAAGGAAGACAAGUGACAAAACUUCUGUCAAGAGCUACGCCUACAAUGACCCUACGAGGUACUACACGAGGCAGAACCCCGAAGAGCCACCACCUCCCUUGGUCCGUGCAUCCAAAUCGCAGCAGCAAUUCCAGGAGAGUCCCCGGGGGACACUCAGCCAGCCGGGGUCGGGAAUGGGAAUGGCCCAGAAGAGCCGGAUGGCCGCGCUGCCCCCCUCCAUCACCCAGAACCUGUCCGCACAGAGCAGUGAGAAAAGCCCUCGCAGCAGGACUAAAGGGUCUCAGCUUUAUGCAGAGACAUCGUACUCUACACAAGUCAGUCCUUUUGGUGCAACUUUUGGCAAAGGGAAAGCAGAAGAUUUCAGAAUGAAGAAGCUGUUCCAGCCCAGGCCUGUGCCUGGAGUGAAGAGGCCAACCCCUGAGCUGCUGAGUCACAAAUCCUCUUCCCAGGAUGAGCCAAAGGACCCUCUGAGAAUUGUGGAUGGUAAAGUUGAUAUUUACUUAUUUUGCUUACCUGAAACGCUGAUUAAAAAUGUAUUGAAGGACCUAGAGAAACACCAAGUGAAUGUGGAGAAUCUCAGCUCGGCAGAACUGGACGAAAUCGCCGAUACUAUCGCCACUGCAAUUCAAAGUACUGGCAUUCAGGAGGAAACAGAAAAAAAUGAUGGAAAAACUGAAGAAGACAAAACAGAAGCUCAGAUUAAGAAAGGAGAUGAUCAAGAAAGGGCAGAGCUUCAGACUGGAUUAAUGGAAAACAGUGUUAAUAUACCAGACAAUGGAGUGCGUGAAGCCAGUGUGAGAACUGAUAAAGAGGAGAACACUGCAAAACUAAUUAGAUUCUUGAAUGAGAAUGCAUUAGCUGAAAAUAUGCAUAAAGACCUUAUUCCUGAAGAACCUACAAAGACAGAAACUAAGAAAUCUGAAGAAACUGACCCUUCUUCCUCAGAAGAAACAAAUGCUGGUGUGGAAAAUGUAAAAAGUGAGACUUUCUCAAGGGAGCUGACAACUGCAAAGAACAGUGAAUCUGACUCCAAAGACCCGAGCCAGAACAGCUACUGGAUUAAGAAUGCUUUAAUGCAGGAAGGAAACUCCUAUGAAAAGCCUCAGAAAAACACAGGACAAGGCUUGCAACUUGAAGUGAAAUCUUCUGAGGAGGAAGAAUACGGCUAUAUUGUGACAGUGAAAGACCCCCUGAGUGUGGAAAAGGGCUUGGAGUUAAUAAAGGAAGUGGCAGAUCUCCUGAAGCUGCAGAUGAGUGUCUUCGAUGAUGUCAACGUGCUGGGACCAGCUGUGACCUUCCGAGUGCACUCAAACCUCCAAAACAUUUCAACUGCAGAUGUUGCCAAAGAAGCAGCCAUAAACAAAGAGAAGCUUGAAAAAACAACUGGACUGAAAAUUCUGCAGACUGGUGUGGGGGAGAAAAGCAACGUCCCGCCGCUGGCGCGGCGCGGGGAAGAGGCAGAGUCCGUGAAAUUCCUCCUCCUCACCCUCCUCUCCCUCGCCUGCAUCGCCGGGGUCCUGGCGGCGUCGGGGGUCGCCUACUGCCUUCGCCACCGCGCCCACCACCGCCUGAAGGAGAAGCUCUCGGCCCUGGGGGCUGACGCCGGCUCCGAUGCGCCCGCUGCUUACCAGGAGCUGUGCCGCCAGCGCAUGGCAGUGAAAGCCUCUGAUCGCCCGGAGCCCCUGCACUCUUCCCGAAUAAACAGCGUUUCCUCCCAGUUCAGUGAUGGGCCCAUCCCCAGCCCCUCAGCCCGGAGCAGCACCUCGUCCUGGUGUGAGGAGCCGGUCCAGUCCAACAUGGACAUCUCCACCGGUCACAUGAUCCUGUCCUACAUGGAAGAUCACCUGAAAAACAAGAAUCGUCUGGAGAAGGAGUGGGAAGCUCUGUGUGCUUACCAGGCUGAGCCCAACGACAGCAGUGCUGCACAGCAGGAGGAAAACGCCCCGAAGAACCGCUCACAGGCUGUGGUACCAUAUGACCAUUCCAGGAUAUGUCUGAAAGGUGAAAGUAGCCAUGACAAUUCAGACUACAUCAACGCCAGUCCAAUUAUGGACCAUGACCCCCGAAACCCUGCAUAUAUUGCCACCCAGGGCCCUCUCCCUGCUACUGUUGCUGACUUCUGGCAGAUGGUCUGGGAGAACGGCUGCGUCGUUAUUGUCAUGCUGACACCCCUCGUGGAAAACGGAGUCAAACAGUGCUACCACUAUUGGCCAGACGAAGGGUCAAACCUCUACCACAUCUACGAGGUAAAUCUUGUCUCUGAGCACAUCUGGUGCGAGGAUUUCCUCGUGAGGAGCUUCUACCUGAAGAACCUGCAGACCAACGAGACCCGCACAGUGACACAGUUCCACUUCCUCAGCUGGAACGAUCAGAGGGUUCCUGCUUCCACCAGAUCACUUCUGGAUUUCCGCAGAAAAGUAAACAAGUGCUACAGGGGUCGCUCUUGUCCAGUAGUUGUUCAUUGCAGCGAUGGUGCGGGAAGAAGUGGAACCUACAUUCUAAUUGACAUGGUUCUCAAUAAAAUGGCCAAAGGUGCUAAAGAGAUUGAUAUUGCUGCUACCCUGGAGCACUUGAGGGACCAGAGACCAGGCAUGGUCCAGACAAAGGAGCAGUUUGAGUUUGCUUUGACAGCGGUGGCAGAGGAAGUGAAUGCAAUACUCAAGGCCCUUCCCCAGUGA